CGCCCCGGGGCGCGGCCAACCCGCGCGGCGCUGCCAUUUUGCGGGCGGGCAGCGGGAAGGGCAGCGCCGGGCGGCGGAGCAGGACAAGCAGCCAUGGCGGGUCACGACUCGGGAUCUCAACACCAGUUUACUGGAUUUCAAAAGUACUUCAAUUCCUAUACCAUCACAGGCAGGAGGAAUUAUGUAAUAGCAACGUACACAGGUGUUGCAAUGCUUGUCUUGUAUUUCAAGCUUAGACCUAAAAAGAAAACUCCUGCUGUGGCAGAUAAGUAAAUGGUUCCUGGCAAGUCUGAGCCUCCCACCUAUGUCAGUGUAUUGCAUGCUGAUGACCUGUUGUGGCUAAUAAAAUAUAAAUAAUUA